AUGGAAAGUUGGAAGCUCCUAGCGUACUUUCUGGUGUUUGCAGCACGGGCUGUGAGGCCUAGGAAGGAGAGGCUGAUGAGUGUUGAGAAGGCCGGUGCGCUGAUGGAGAAGCACUGUGUGAGGGCUGGAGGCCCCAUGGACCUUAGGCUUGGAAUAAUGGGGUGCAAAGUGAAUGCAGAGAGGAAUGGGCUGGUGUGGCUGGCCAAUGGACAAGUUCCGUUGACUCGUGACAGGUUCAGGGUUGGGAGUGGAUUGUCUGUCUAUGAGGAGAUAAGCAGCCCUGAGUAUGACGAAGUAAGGGGUGAGCUUCUUGCAGUGCUGAUGGGGCUGUCGCUUGGAUCCAAGGUGGGAGAAAAGUGGAAGCUUGACGGCAAUGGGAGAGCAAGGAAGGUUGUGAUUACUGUAGGAGGAAGUGAGGAUAGGGCUGAGAAGGGGCUAGGAGUGACCUUCAAGGCGAGGAUAAACUCGAGGGUCCUCAAGUUUUUCAGGGAGAUAACGGGGUAUUUUGGGAGCAGUUGUGAACGCUUUGGAUACGUGGACUCUGACUUGCUUCCACUCCACAUAACUCUGGCCAGGGCCCUUGGAGAUGACGAGAAGGCAUGGUCGAGGUUUUUCUUGCUGGUGCGUGAGGGAAUAGAAGGAAACGAAGUAGCAAUGAAGAGGUGCUUUGUGGCGGAAGGAGAUGAAGAGAACGAAGGAAGCGAGAGGGCCAAGGCGGAGAUUGAGGCGCUAUGGAGGCUUUAUGAGGGCAAAGGCUUUGCCGAAAAACUAACGGAUGAGAAUCUCUUUGCAAUUAUAUUCAUGGAGUCUGGGAGUGAGAAAGACAGAGUGAAGGCUGUAAGGAUGCUCUGCAGGUAUCUGAAGGAGUGUGGCGGAAGAGAUGGAGAUCUGAAGAGGAAGGAAGAUGCAGAGAUGCUGAUGAGGAACAUACUUAGAGAGAUACACAAGAACAGUGCCAAAGAAUGGGCUCGGAUGGUCCGUAUAGUGUGCUCGUACAAGGUGCCCAAGGUUAUUCCCUGUGAGACUGGGCUUUCUGCUGUGGAGGCUGAGAUGAGCAUAUACGAAAGCAUUAGGGGGGGUGUAGAGGAUGGAAGUUACAUAAUCGACAGGUUUUUCAAGGGAUUGCGUAACGAAUGGAACUGUAGCAGUGACGGAGACAGGAAUUCUGUCUGGAGGCGAGGGAUGAGCAUGAUAGCAAGGCUUGUGAAGAUCUGUGGGGACGACGUGUACUAUGCGCUGAAGAGAGAGGAGAUCCGGCUGGGGGUCGCUGGCGAUCUAUGGAAGUCUCGCUGUGAAGGAGGCAAGAUGAUCAAGGAGAUGAUAAAGAGCGUGGUUUGCAGUAUAUCUCUGGAAAGUGGAAAGAGCGUAGAAGAUGUGGAGAAGCUUCUGAAAAGUAGGAAGAGCAGGUUUAUCCAGAAGGAGUUUAUGAACUUUUAUGUUAUAAGAAACAACGGGAUCAAGCUUGCACAUAGGAUAUACAAAGAGGGUUUUAUACCUGAUGUGAUCUAUGUCGCACUGCGGGGUGGCGCCUACCUUGGGAAUGUGGUGAGCGAAUACUUCAAUGCGGUGUGCGGACGCAAGAUACCAUACGCUGCUGUGUCCGUACACUCCUACACGGAUGUGGGAGAGAGCUCAAGCGUCCAGGUAGAAGGAUGGAUCCACCACCCCUCCAAGCUGAGGAAAGGAAGUAAGGUUCUGUUUGUCGACGACAUUCUUGACUCUGGGAAGACAAUAAACCGCCUGGCCGAGAUUAUCCUCAACGAGGGGAUCCCAAGAAGCGACCUGAAGAUAGCUGUGCACGACUACAAGUGUUUCCCAGACAGUGAAAAGAAGAAUGCUAUUCUUCCUGACUACUGGUGCCGCAGACAGGAUGUGUCUGUUUGGGACGGGCCCCGGUGGAUUGACUACUCGCUCUAUGAGCUGAUAGGAACCUCGAAAGAAGAAUUUGAGGAACAAUAUUAUACUCGGGACCCUGAGCUAAGAGAAGCCCUGAAGGAGAUAACGAAGUAA